AUGAGUGAUUCACCGAGUAUUAGUCAGAAUUUGGGCGACUCGAGUGUGAUUGAAGCUACAGGGAAGACCAUAAUGGUGACAAUCAUACUACUCGUCUUUGUGGUGGUCUGUGUCGUUUGUGCCCACCUUUAUGCCAAAUGGUACUGGAACCGCCGCCAUGAGAACACCAUCACAGGGGGGCGCCACCAAGUAAGAGCCGUCACAGCUCUGCGCCACGGUCUUGAUCCCACUAUCCUCAAAACCAUACCUGUAGUUAUAUUUGAUCCUAAGGAGUUCAAAGAUGGAUUGGAAUGUUCAGUGUGUCUUUCUGAGGUCUCUCAAGGUGAAAAAACCAGGCUUUUGCCAAAAUGCAAUCAUGGGUUUCAUAUGGAUUGUAUUGAUAUGUGGUUUCAAUCUCAUUCCACUUGUCCACUCUGUCGAGACCCUAUUUCGAAUCAGAAUGAAUCCUCGUCGAAUUCUAGUAGUCCCGAAGAGACUGUAAUCCCCGUUGAAGAAAAUCCAGGCCAGCGACCAAAUUUUCCCGCCAAUGUGUUGUUUUUUGGAAGUGAGACUCAAGUUAGUACUUUUGGACCUUGUUUGGAGGAUAGCCAUCAAGGUACUGUUACUGCUGCUUCCUCUCGGCCCCCUUGUUCGUCAUCAUCAGCCUCGACAAGUAAUAGACCAGACGGAAUGCUUGUCAUUGACAUUCCAAGACAGGUUAACGAAGAGGAAGACGAGAAAUCGCCUGCCCCUUCGCGUUUGAGGUCGUUGAAAAGGCUUAUGAGUGGUAAUAUAAGGUUUAAUCCUUGGAGUCCUAGAAAUGUGGAUAUGGAACAAGGAAAUAGCAGCCAAAGUUAA